AUGGCUUGCGGCAGAGGUUCCUCCGCCUCGGAUCCGACCUUGAAGAGAAAACUUGAACCCCAGGAGUUUGUGGAUUUCUUCGACCCCCGACAGCUCCGGAGGGAGGCCUGCCUGCUCUACGAAGUCCAGUGGGGCAGGAAGAGUAAAUGGGUGCACACGGCCAGGAACACCACCCGGCACGUCGAGGUCAACUUCCUAGAGAGGCUGAGCACAGAGAGGCACUUCGACCCCUCCGUCAGCUGCUCCAUCACCUGGUUCUUGUCCUGGAGCCCCUGCUGGGAGUGCUCAAGGGCCAUCCGAGAGUUUGUGACUCAGCACCCAAGCGUGACUCUCGUCAUUUACGUGGCCCGGCUUUUCCGGCACAUGGAUGAGCAGAACCGGCAAGGACUCCGGGAGCUCAUUAACAGCGGGGUGACCAUCCAGACGAUGAGAGACCCAGCAUAUGAUUACUGCUGGAGGAAUUUCGUCAACUACCCGACUGGUGGAGAACAAUUCUGCCCAAGAUACCUGCCUCAGGUCCUGGGGCUGUACGCCUUGGAACUCAACUUCAUAAUUCUAGGUCUUCCUCCCUGCAUCAAGAUUUCAAAAUUAAGGUGGAGUCAGUUUGCCAGUUUUGGUGUUAUUCCUCAAAACCAUUGUCACCCUGUGAUCCUUUAUAAUAUUCUAAAGCAUUUUCUGGCAACUUGA